GCAACAAUGGCGACCAACUUUCACUUUAGUCGGGAAACACCCCCAGAAUCAAUUUUUACCGAUUUCCAGACGCUGAAUAAGUUUCAGAAUAAGCAAUUCAAACAGCUAUUGGAAUAUGGUUUUGAAUUUCUUGCUGAUCCUGGGAAGUCUUCCCGAUUGAUGGAACAGCUGGAGGGAUUUGCUGAGGAAAAUGGAGUGAAUGCUACAGGCCUGAAAAAUAUAUUCAAAAGUUUACUCUCAUUCAGCAAUAGUGCUUUGAGAAAGAGUCUGACUGCAUCACAACUGAAAGAAGAUUUAACAAAUCUAGGUUUAGCAGAGGACAAAUCUGAAUACUUUUCACAACAAUGGACCAGUAAUUUAGCUGCCCUGUCUAAGAGUGCCCUUGGACAAACUCUAAUGGUCAAUCAACUGGUGGACAUGGAAUGGAAAUUCGGAGUGACAGCAGCUAGCAGUGAGGUUGAUAAAGUGGGAAACACAUUUUUGCAGGUGAAGUUAGUCAUCAACACAGGAAAUGGGAUAAGGAAUACUUAUAUGGAGCUCACCUUGCCCCAGUUUUACUCUUUUUUACACGAAAUGGAGAAAGCUAAGGCCAGUCUAGAAUACCUCAGCUGAGUCCGUGUAUGUGUGGAGUGUAACAAUGAAUACAUGUGUAAUGGAGUGGUCAUGAGAUGAAGGAAUGCACGUGUAAACACAUUCGUUUUGUUACCAUGGUGGAUGUUGGUGUGUGGCGAAGAAGGAAAUAUGUCAAACAUGCUAAUACUUAUAAACAAUUUUAAGUUAUUGUUAUACAUAAAAUACGUAAGAAAGUAAAUGUGUUGCUAUAUUCAUAUAAGCUUACCUUGUUAUUUUAUCUAAAGUUAAACUCGUAGAAUAUUA